UCGUUUACACUUUUUCCCUCUCUCUUGUGAAGGUUAAGCCAUCCUUUUCUCAUAAUUUCUUGAGGAUACUCAUCUAAUCAUGACUGUUUUCAAGGUUGGUUUAGUGUUCAUCUUAGCCUUGGCUGGCUAUUCAGAUGCAAGUUACUGUGUCUGCAAGAGUGGUGUGAGUGACAGUGUUCUUCAGAAAAAUAUAGACUAUGCUUGUGGAAAUGGAGCUGAUUGUGCAGCAAUUCAUCAAAAUGGGACUUGCUAUAACCCUAACACUGUUAAGGAUCACUGCAGUUAUGCUGUGAAUAGCUAUUAUCAGAAGCAGGGAAAUGCCCCAUCCAGCUGUGAUUAUGGAGGGACUGUCACUGUCACUUCUAAUCCUCCUAAUGUAUCAUCAUCAUGUGUCUAUCCUUCUGGUGCUAAGUGAUUCAUUCCCCCUUUUUCCCAAGCACCACUGUUGGUUAUGGAUCUUGAAUUUAAAUCUCUUGUUUGAUUUGAAGUUGUUGUGAAUAAUCUAUACAUAUAUAAAAGGCGAGUUUUGGCCUUCUUUUGAAAUA